UUAUGACCCCUACUGCCCCGGAAAUCCUAAUUGGGGAUUUUACUGUCUGUUUCAUGCCUCUUAAUAGUUAUCUGCUCGGCAAUUAUGCUAUUUCCCUACAUUAUUCUCAUUAUAGUUUCUAUUUAAUUGAGGAAAUUCUUCUUCAUAAUUAUUGGGAAAACGAGUUACUUUUUCACCCUAACUUUCACCCUAAUUUUUCCGCUUUUCUUAACCAAAAAAAACCAAAUACUUAUCUAAUUACUAGUGGCGUUCUGAAUUCUUUACGAAUUCGAUUGAUUACAUAUCCUCGAAUUAUUGGAAAUGGCCCAGCAGCACGGAAAGAAAGUCCGUAUAUGGAACGAAAAAUUCCUUUUAUUAUCGUUGAUUACAACGACGCGGAAACUAGAAUUAGUGAUUGCCUAAAAAAAUUUUCUCCUGCCCAAAAGUCUAAUUUCCAUUUUCUCCUAGGUAUCCCCCCAGUAGUUGGAAGUGAGGAAAAACUAGCCCGGAUAGUCGAUUUUCUGCAUACGCAAAGUUCCGAAAUAACUAAUUUGAGCAUUAUCUUACUCCAAAACAGUUACAAAAGUGCUAAACACUUAACCUGUUUGCCAAACCGGAUUUUCCGUUUGCCUAAUCAGUGUUUUUACCAGUUCCCCAACGCGAAAUUUGCUCGUUUGCGGGUAAAAAGGUCUUUGGCUACUCUGGAAGAAAUAUUAGUUCGUCAAAGAAAAGGUUUGCAAGAAGACGGCUUAUUAAUUAUUUUCUUCCUGGCUAGUUGGCAAGAAGAAAAACUAGAACUAAAAAAAUUACGCUUAGAAUUAAUCGGAAUUAGUUCCCAGGUCAAUCUUCCCAAGUUAGAAAACAAAAUAAAAACUUGGUGA